AUGGCAAAGGCAAUCAAAAUAGAACACUUACUUCUGCAGAAUCCUUCACCGUCGAUCGGUGAGGAACCACCACCGCGCGUCCCCGCUGUGAAGAGAGAUGCGACUCAGAGCCGUCAGCCGGCACAUCGCCCUCAAUUAGAGCUGAAGACCUCAUCUACAUCACUCGUACCAGCCCGGUCACCAGCAGCAUCGGAGCGAUUCUCAUGGGACUUCGACAAUGAGGAGUUGUCUUCUAACCGACGUCGAAAACGAAAGUCGCCCAUUGAGGACCAAGUGUUUCCGACAAGGAAGGCCAUCAGGCUACCUCGAUUUUCCGUCAACAUCUUCCACUCGGAGCCAGUCAAUGUCUUUCCCAUUCCCAACGAAGGGGUGGUUCCGCGGAUGGUGAAGUAUUAUUUACAGGUUUGGGCGGAGCAGCAUGGUCGAGCACUUGCCUUUGAAGGCCAUCCCAAGCCAUAUCAGUCGCUGGUGUUUCCGUAUGCCCUGGAGCACGCUGUCUUGUUCGAAGCCAUGGUCGCGCUCAGCCGGGCGUCAUGGCUUUUGCAAGAAGGCAUUCCAUGGUCCAAGGACAGCGCCCUCGCAUAUCAUCGUGCCAACGCAUUCGCCGCGCUUCGCCUGAGGCUGACGUCUGAAGCAACGUGUGCGGACGACACCACUAUCUGUACCAUUGCGGCUCUUACGACGAUCGAUUACAUGCUCGGUGUUCACGAAGGUGCACAUAACCACAUCAAUGCUAUGCAGCGGAUUCGGAAGAUUCGGACCGAUCUCAAGGGUGACACACCGUGGCAAUACUUUGUCAUCUCUGCCAUGAAAGCAUACGAUGCCCUGUGGAAAUUUGUCAAAGAUAGAAACGAGGCCACCACCAGCAUGGCGCAGCUCUCCAUCGAAUCACCUAUGCGAAACGAACUACCCCUCUAUCCAUCUCUCCCAUUCAAUAUCAAAGUGUGCGAGGCUCUCUCGAAGGUGUCGACCUCAUUCAAUGACAUGGCUAUGGCAGGGGAAAUGUCUAUUCAGAUGAUCGACAUUCUUGCAAAUCUAUCUAAAACAGCCCGGGGCGAUGGCAGUGCUACGCCUACCAGUUCGCCCCCAAGCUCCCCCGGAGGACGGAACUUGCUGAACACAAUCGCUGAUUUGAGGUGUUUGUCGGUAAUGGCCACCACCUCUAUCGAACACAAGCUCUGCUUCGGCGUCAUUGGGACGUGCUUCACCCUCCAUUUUGGGGAUGGGAAGAUCGGCGAAGAGUUCAACGAGACACUCCAGGAGCUUGAAGAUGGACUCAUUGGCAAUGGCAAGCCUCGACCGCAGCAAGAGAAAGCCCAGAAGAACCAUCGAGAAUGUCUAAUUUGGGUAGCUUUGGCAGCUGCAGGUGCACUCGAACAGUCUGAGCUGAUGUCUGCUAUGAGUAUGCUGCUGGACGAAACUUUGGACAAAUACCCGGAAGAGACGGCCCAGUGGGAGACAUUAGAGGGGAUCCUGAAGAAAUUCUUGUGGAACGAUCUACUGGCACGGCAUUGGAGAAGAUGCUGGGCCAAGGCUGUGCGUCGGCGGUCGAGUGUACGAUGA